AUGCCAGCAAGAAAAAGGAAAAACAGCAAGAGGAAAGACUGUAAACACCAACCAGUGCCAAAACAACGAAAAACAACCACCGACAAGAAAACAGAAGAGAACAAUCAAGCUGAGGAUAUAAACGAACAUGUCCACCAAGUAAUUUACGAUGGACAAGAAGCCUUCCAAGUCGUUAGAACUCAAACCAAAUCCAAAGUUGCACCAAGUAGUUUGGAAUCAGUUGAUAAUCUUCCUUCUCUCCAAAAAGAAUUCAACGUUUCCAAGUAUAUUGGAAAGACAAUCUAUUAUAUUGAUAUGGGUUCAAGUUUUAUUAAGGCAUGUAAUUGUACUGUACCGAAAGAAGGAACCGACCUUCUCUGCAGAUUCUUGAGGUUUGAUGGAGACAAAAAAGAUUUUCUUCCAAGUAGAUCUUGGAUAAGGGUCAACCAAACUGGUUCUCCUGAAGUAAAAACUGGCUCUCCUGAAGAGGUCUCAACAUCCCCAUCAUCAUGGGAAGAAAUUGAGAAUAUCAAAAAGGUGUUCAUGGUCUCAGAGUUAUUAGAAAUUGAGUUCAAGGGUGGCAGAAGAGAAAGGGUUGCUGAUUUAAUUUCAUUAAUUACUACAAACAUUUUCAAAAAUUUGACCACUAAAAAAACACGCAACAAGUCAUAUUUCCAUGGUGUGAGCGCAUUGUUUUUCACAUGUCCAACUGGUACAUCAGAUUAUGUAAAGUUGAUUUAUAGAAAUGCGAUUCUUGAUGCCUUUACAAGACUUUCAUCAAACACGCUCAAUCUUAAUGACGUCUACAUUACGGAAGAGAGUUCUUGUUUGCAGCAUUUUGUCCAUGCCAGUUUACUCGUCAGUAAUAGUGGUGUUAUGAUUGCUGAUUUAGGACAUCUGACUCUUGAUGUUAUCAUGCUUGAGAUGAAAGAGAAGGAACCGAUUGUAACAUUCAAGAAUGGAAAUGCAAGUGGCAUUUCAUUGAUUCAUGACGUUUUUACCAAGCAUGGUAUUGAUCCAUGUGAAGCUAUGGCUGAACUAUUUGAUGAUCCAGAGAGUGAAGAACUUCCACCUCAUUAUCAAGAUUUGGAAGAUGAAAUUCAACAAGCACUCGAGAAGAUUACCAAACCAUUGGCCAUGAUGAUGUUUCACAAUGGUGUUAAACUCUUAUAUUUCUGUGGAGCCAUUACCAAGCUAGUGUAUUUUAGAAAAAGUUUGGAAAAAAUGGUUUCAGUUGAAAGAUUAGAACAAGUUAAAAAAGAAUUGAGCCCCUACCUAAAAGAUGAAUAUUUGAAUAAGAAUGUUGAAUCAUGUGAAAUUAUUGAAGAAAGCUCUGGUGGUAGUGCUCUUCUAAGAGGUAUUGAAUCAAUCAUUACAUCAUCUCUAAAAUCCAGAGAUGAUAACAACCCAUCCAAUGCGUCAAUUCCUUUGAUUCUCAAAGAAGAACCUUCAGUUGUUGGAACCAACAGCACCAAUGAAACAGAGGACCAAUUUGUCCCAGCUAUGAUACAAGAGAGCGAAAUAGAGCAGGAUGGGAAAACUUCAACAAUUAAGGAGCUUGUGUUGAAUGGUACACUGUUUGACAUGUAUGUUAAACAAGAUACUGAAUUAUUCCUAUUAAGAUUUAGCCCACUGAUUGAUAUUAACAAAGUUAAAACCAUCACUCAGGAAAAUUGUGAAAGGAUUGGACUCCUAGAAUUCCUUAGAUUUACCAGAUUGAAGAUUUACUUUGAUAGAAGUAUUGAUCCUAUCAAACAUUGUUUCUAUUUAAGAUUACAAUUAGAAAAAGAUUACCUUGCCAGUCACAUCUAUUAUAAGAAAAAGAGAAACUUCUUUAAGGUGGCCGUCAAAAUUGAACACAAGAUGGAUGAAGAGUUGGGGACUGGACCUAGAGAUGAAAUUGAAGAAUAUAACGAUCAUGACGAAGAGGAGGAAAUUGAAUGUUUAAAUGAUGAAGAUUUGAAUUCCUUGAAGAAACACUUGUCAAAAUGUGUAAAUUGUGGAGGUGCAACUUCACUCGCCAGCAAACAUAAUACCUCCUACACAACAAUCGAUGAUUACAACAAGUAUUUGGGAAAAGAUAUUGGACUUGGUUUGAUUUGCAAUUCGUGCUAUCAAAAGUAUUACAACAAAAAGCGUGAUAAACAAUCUGAUUGA